CAGAACAUCAAAUAGACAUGCACGGACUGUACUCUGAAUAAUGUCGACCUCAUUCAUGACUGUCCGCGAUUAGCUGAUCAUAUUGGUUAAAUUUCAUGUUUGCCUGCGUUAUACAAGAAAAUCUGUUGAAGAAUGGAUACUGCCGAAUCUUGAACAAUCAUAUUCCUACAGGCUAGAUGGUAACAAAGUUUUAAGGUGACACGGACAGGGAGCGGGCUGCAACCUUUGGAUGACUUGAAGAUAUAUCGGUGAUAAACAUUUUUGUACAAAAAAGGACACGGGUAGCUGAUUAUUGAGGAUGGCAUCAAGUCAAGAAGACAAUACAUCAUCGUCGAAGUCGAUCGAUGAGGUGGAUAUCAAGCCGACACGACAACGAUCUAGCGCCAUCAAAGACAUCUACGAACAACCUGACGAUAACGGUUACCAGAUGGACAACAAAGAUAAUGACGUCGUGAAGCUCAAACGUCGGUUGACCCUCCUCGAUGGCGUCGCCAUCAACAUUGGGAUCAUCAUCGGAUCCGGGAUCUUCGUGUCUCCGAAGGGAGUCCUGAAUGGUGUCGGCAGCGUCGGUGCGACCAUGGUGGUAUGGGCCGUUUGCGGAGUCUUCUCCAUGAUCGGUGCUCUCUGCUAUGCCGAGUUGGGUACCAUGAUCCCAGCUUCCGGUGGUGCCUAUGCCUACAUCCAGCUUAUCUACGGUGACUUCUUCGGCUUCAUGCGUCUCUGGAUUGCGGCCGUCAUGGCUCAACCGGGAUCACUGGCUGUCGUUGUUCUGACAUUCGCAAGCUACAGUCUUCAACCACUUUACCCCUAUGUAGAAUGUCCGCCGCCUAGGACACCCACUGUACUCAUUGCUAUAACUUGUACCAUCGUGGUUACACUAAUAAAUGCCGUUAGUGUUCGGUGGUCAAGCUGGCUUCAAGAUGUGACGACUUUUUGUAAAGUUGGCGCUCUUGUCAUCAUUAUCAUCUCUGGUAUGCUAGAACUUGCUACAGGAAAUACAGAAAAUUUCAAAAACUCAUUUGAAGGAACAGAACUGAGUGGAUUGGGGAUCGCCCUGUACUCUGGUCUGUUUUCCUAUGCAGGAUGGUACGCUCUAAACAUUGUUGUGGAAGAAUUGAAAGACCCUUACAAAAAUCUACCUCGUGCAAUCGUCAUCACCAUUAUCACUGUAACAAUAGUCUACGUCCUAACAAACGUUGCUUAUUUCGCUGCUCUUUCACCGGAAGAACUCCUCGCUUCAAAUGCCGUGGCAGUGACAUAUGGGGCUAAGGUUCUCGGAAGCUUUGCUUGGAUCAUGCCCUUAGCUGUGGCUCUCUCAACCUUUGGCUCAGCUAAUGGAAACAUGCUGACCUCAUCUAGAUUAUUUUUUGCUGGUGCUCGUGAGAAUCACUUACCCGACCUCCUUUCCAUGAUCAACAUCGAGAAAAAGACACCUGUACCAUCAUUAUUAUUUACUUCUUUGCUCACCAUACUCUACUCAAUGGCUGGCGAUGUGUUCACAAUUAUCAACUAUUUCAACUUUGUGACGUGGCUAACCAGCGGUCUAGCUGUAGCUGGCCUAUUGUGGUUGCGUUAUAAGGAACCCGACCGGCCAAGACCAUACAAGGUACAUAUAAGUCUUCCAAUUAUCUUCGUCCUCGCAUGCAUCUUCCUCAUCGUCAUGGGAACCAUCGCCGCCCCCAUAGACACUGCUAUCGGUUUCGCUAUCAUGUGCACAGGAAUUCCGGUCUAUUUCUUCAUCGUCAAACCCAAGAAGAAACCUGAGAUAGUCGUCAAAGCUAAUGAUUUGGUCACUCGUUGGUUCCAGAAGUUGAUGCUUGUUGUGGCUGAAGAGAGAUAGUGUCAUUCAAAUUGAACAGCCAUCUUGGUACUCCAGGCCUCACUGACCAAAAUCUUGAAGUGAGCGGGGCUCCAUCGUACAAAGAACUGUGACAGAAAAAUCAAUCUCAGAUUGUUAUCGAUCUCAGCUUGAGUAGUAUAGUUGAGGCAUUGGUAAUUUACAUUAAUUGCAAUUUGAGUCUGAAUUCUUUGUGAGACAUGGUCCAGGGGGGCAUAACAUAAAGCUCAGCGAUUGAUUGCAGGGCUGAUUUCUACAAUCGAUUGCAUAGAUUAUUGUGUAUGAUCAAUCGUAAGACUCGGCCCUACACUCAAUCGCUAUUAAAGUUUUAUGUCACAGGGCCAGCUCUCAUUAAAGAUCGCCUUAAAUAGUUGAUCAGGAUUUGUCUAUCAUGCCAUUCAAAAGGACAUACUGUAUGCCUUUGGUAUCUGUAAAUAUACAUGGUGACCUAUACAUUUGCAAAAUCAUGAAUUAUGAAUGUAUGGUGCACUGUCAGGCAUACUAACCGCCUUUUCACACGGUAAAAAAAUUGUAAUUUGAAUGAUUCCAGAGAAAAAUAGGGCUAAUGACAAUAUUUAGCACAUGUGAAACUAAACUAGAAUCAUGAACGCUAAUCACAGUCACAAUUACAAUAGCAAUCAUCAUUACAAUGAUUCAAGAUUCACGUGUGAAAAGGCCCCAACAUUUUAGUUUUUUUUAAAGGACUUGAGAUAUUGGAAGCCAUCAUGUAUGGGCAGGUUAACAUUGCACCUUAUAUUCAUAUUUUUAGGUAGUGAGGAGGGCAUUCUUUCUCUAUUCCCUCACAAAAGAAUUCGUAUACAACUUUAUACUCUAGCAUUUACUAUUUCUAAAGGGGCAUUAUUGGUCACUUGAAAAGGAGGUUGUACAAACGCCCCUUUUCAUCAAUAUUUUACGAACAGGGACCUUAGUUUUGUGGAAUCUGCUCUUUGGGGGCAAGCAAAAUAAAUGUUUGUAUCUCUUUCAUGAUUUUUACCUUUGAAGAGACGAUAAGAAACAAAGAAACACUUCAAACAUUUUCUUUUUAAGAAAUAAUUUUGCUCCAAAAAAGGAUGCCUUUUAUUUUAUGCAAUAGACAAGUGUAAAUGUGGGAUUUUUUAAGUUAUGGAGGAGGAAGAUGAAUGUGUGCAUAUUUUGCUGUGUUAGAUGGAUAUUAUGAAGAAACUUUUAUAAUCCUGAUAGUUUAAAAAGUGAAAAGCAAGCUAGGGUUAUCCCUGAAAUGUAUUGUAUCUAUAGAUGAAAUGGUAUUGAGUAAGUAAUAGAGUUUUUAAUUGUAUUGAUGAUUGUUUGGAAUUGUACAACUACUACAACCGACUCUGAUUUCAGGAGUAAAUUCUUGAAAAUAGGAUAUUUUUAGAUGGACUCUUAGUAAACAUGUAACUAUAAUAAUUGUAUUUGUUUUGACAGAAUUUACUAUACACUUAAAGGGAUGGUCCAGGCUGGAAAUAUUUAUAUCUCAGUAAAUAGAGUAAAAUUCACAAAGCAAAAUGCUGAAAAUAUGAUCAAAAUCGGAUGACAAAUGACAAAGUUAUUAAAUUUUAAAGAUUUGCAUUAUUCCGGUGAAACAGUUCUAGGCAUGUCUUUAUGAAUAUUCAUUAGGUGGGUUGAUGAUGUCAUAUCCCCAUUUGUUCUUUUGUAUUUUAUUAUAUGAAAUUAGGUUUAUUCAAAAAAUUUCUACCAAGAACUAAAACAAUUGGAUUGACAACUGAUUAAGUGCAUUAGUUAUUUAUUGCCACAAAUAAUGGAGACACAUCAUCUACACAUGUAUGGGAAAAAUGAAACAUUUAUGGUUUCAUGUAAUAACAUAAGAAAAAGGUAAGUGGGGAUGUGACAUCAUCAGCCCACCUAAUGAAUAUUCAUGACGAUGUGCAUAUAACUGUUUUCACAAAAUAUUGAUAAACUUUAAAAUUCAAUAACUUUGUUAUUUAUUAUCCGAUUUUGAUGAAAUUUUCAGCAUUUUGCUCUGUGAAUUUUACUCUAUUUAUUAAGAUAUAAAUAUUUUCAGCCCGGACCAUCCCUUUAAAGGACAAAGACUUUUGCUCACAAAUUGUUUACAGAAAGAGGUGUAAUAUGUACUUUACACUUUUUGAUGUAUAAAUCAAUAAGCAGUACUCUUAUAAAUGUAUAUUCAUCUUUAUUUUUUCACCAUUAUUGCUGAUAACUAUAAAAUAAAUGUUGCAUGAUGGGAAAUG